GCCCCUCUGCCCGCCCUGUCCCCCACCAGCCGCUCACGGGCACUUCCUUGCUGCUGUCCACCCCAAGCCACAAUCCUCGACUCACCCCCUGUUCGUCUCUGCCUCCCUCCUGGGCUCCGGCAUGGCCUGUUUAUGUCUCCUUCACUCUGGUCCCCACCUCUGCCCCCCACCCCCCAUCCAGCUCCCAGGACACACAGCUGCCCGGUCCCGGUCUCCCCUCCCGCGAGCACCCCUGUGUCCUGGUUCUCUCGCCAUCUACCCCGAUCUGGCCUCCCUCUCACUUCUCCAACCCUAAGCCCUGCUGUUCCUGCUGCCUUUCCCUGCCCCGGCCCCACUGCCCACAGCCCCCUCACCCCGCUCCUCUGUGGCAGGUGGCCCAGCUGUCUCUGUUGGGAGAGGGGUUCUCGCAGCCCAAGCGUGUCCUGGGUGGUGGUGUGGAUGCACACCAGUGCCUGGCACGGAGCUGGUGCUGGGUGGACGUUUGUAGAGUGACUGAAUGAGCGAAUGGGGGAUGGACAGCUGUCGCCUCGUCUGUCUCUCCCUAAGUGCUGCCCCUUCGUCUGCACAGCCCUGACCUUUGUGUCCUUGUCUGCUUGUCCUACUUGCCCUUCCUCCAUCUCCGUGUCCACUCGCACCCAUCCAAGCCCUGCGCCUGGCCCUUGCCUGCCCACCUCAAAUGCCCCUCUUGGGGGCUCCCUGCUCCUAACUGCCUUUUCCCCAUCCCCCUCCCCCUCUGACACCUGGCCCCUUGCCUUCUGCCUCGGAUUUCCGUCCCUGUGGCCCGUCCUCCUCCACUCUCUCUCUGCCCACCUCAUCUCUGCACGCCUGCCCACCCCUCUGCCCCGCCCCAUUCCCCGCCGUGCCCUUGUCCUGGCCCUCCCACGCUCAGGACAGAGGGCCGCCAUGUCCGGAGACUACGAGGACGACCUGUGCCGCCGGGCGCUCAUCCUGGUCUCGGACCUCUGCGCCCGGGUCCGAGACGCUGACACCAACGACAGGUGCCAGGAGUUCGAGGAACUGCGGAUCCGAGGCUAUCCCCGGGGCCCGGAUGCAGACAUCUCCGUGAGCCUGCUGUCCGUCAUCGUGACCUUCUGUGGCAUCGUGCUCCUGGGCGUCUCCCUCUUUGUGUCCUGGAAGCUGUGCUGGGUGCCCUGGAGGGACAAGGGCGGCUCAGCGGUGGGCGGCGGCCCCCUGCGCAAAGACCUAGGCCCUGGGGUGGGGCUGGCGGGCCUGGUGGGGGGCGGCGGGCACCACCUGGGGGCCGGCCUGGGUGGCCACCCUCUGCUGGGUGGUCCGCACCACCAUGCCCACACCACCCACCACCCGCCCUUUGCCGAGCUGCUGGAGCCAGGCGGCCGAGGGGGCUCGGAGCCCCCAGAACCCCCCUACCUGGACAUGGACUCAUACCCAGAGGCAGCCGCAACUGUGGUGGCCGCUGGGGUCAAACCAAGCCAGACGUCCCCCGAGCUGCCCUCCGAGGGCGGGGCAGGCUCCGGGCCGCUCCUGCUGCCCCCCAGCGGCGGGAGCCUGCCCAGUGCCCAGUCGCAUCAGCAGGUCACAAGCCUGGCACCCAGCACCAGGUACCCAGCUCUGCCCCGGCCCCUCACCCAGCAGACUCUCACCACCCAGGCGGACCCGAGCAGUGAGGAGCGGCCGCCCGCCCUACCCUUACCCCUGCCGGGCGGCGAGGAAAAAGCCAAGCUCAUCGGGCAGAUCAAGCCGGAGCUGUACCAGGGGACCGGCCCCGGGGGCCGGCGGGGCGGCGGGGGCGCCGGGGACGCGGGGGCGCCCUGCGGCCGCAUCAGCUUCGCCCUGCGGUACCUCUACGGCUCCGACCAGCUGGUGGUCCGGAUCCUGCAGGCCCUGGACCUCCCCGCCAAGGACUCCAAUGGCUUCUCCGACCCCUAUGUCAAGAUCUACCUGCUGCCUGACCGCAAGAAGAAGUUCCAGACCAAGGUGCACAGGAAGACCCUGAACCCCGUCUUCAACGAGACGUUUCAGUUCUCGGUGCCCCUGGCGGAGCUGGCCCAGCGCAAACUGCACUUCAGCGUCUACGACUUCGACCGCUUCUCGCGGCACGACCUCAUCGGGCAGGUGGUGCUGGACAACCUCCUGGAGCUGGCUGAGCAGCCCCCCGACCGCCCGCUCUGGAGGGACAUCGUGGAGGGCGGCUCGGAGAAGGCGGACCUCGGGGAGCUCAACUUCUCGCUCUGCUACCUCCCCACGGCCGGGCGCCUCACCGUGACCAUCAUCAAAGCCUCUAACCUCAAAGCGAUGGACCUCACCGGCUUCUCAGACCCCUAUGUGAAGGCCUCUCUGAUCAGCGAGGGGCGGCGUCUGAAGAAGCGGAAAACCUCCAUCAAGAAGAACACGCUGAACCCCACGUACAACGAGGCGCUGGUGUUCGACGUGGCGCCCGAGAGCGUGGAGAGCGUGGGGCUCAGCAUCGCCGUGGUGGACUACGACUGUAUCGGGCACAACGAGGUGAUCGGCGUGUGCCGCGUGGGCCCCGACGCCGCCGACCCGCACGGCCGCGAGCACUGGGCCGAGAUGCUGGCCAAUCCACGCAAGCCCGUGGAGCACUGGCACCAGCUGGUGGAGGAGAAGACUUUGAGCAGCUUCACAAAGGGCAGCAAAGGACUAUCAGAGAAAGAAAACUCAGAGUGAGGGGUCUGGUCUUGGCCCGGGAUCGGACCAGGACCCCAUCCACUCCUGCCCGGACCAUGAAUUCAUCUCCUCAAAGCCAUAACGUCCGAGCUGCUGGUGCGGGGCAGCCCUGGGCCUGCCCUUCCUGGCCCUGGAGGCCCGAGGGUGGGAGCCCGGCUGGCCCAGCCCCCUGUCUGGGUGGGGGACAUUCAGCCUCCACUGUGUCUGUCUUCUCUUCCCUGGGGCUCCCCUCGAGGCAAGGGGGGGCCUGCAUGUCUGGGGGACCCCUGCCCCCAAAGCCCCCCUGUGUCUGUCUGUCUGCUGUCUGUCGAAGACGGGGUGUCCCGGCCUUCGUCCUCCCUGUGAGUGUGACGAACAACUCCAGACACGCACACACACACCGUGUCCACUCACCCCUUCUGUGGGCCACCUUCGUGUCCGGCCGGUCCCCCACUGCUGCUCUCAACGCCGAAUAAACACACUCGUGGG